UACAGACGAACUCAAAAAGCAAACGGACCCACCACCAAACAUUACAUUGUCAAGCAAACAAAAUACAACAUGGCAUCCAUCCCCACUUUCAGCUCCCUCCCCGACAAACCCGCCGUCACACCCCCCGCUCACCUCGCCCACGUCGUGCUCCAAACAGCCCAACUCCGCGUCAUGCAAACCUUCUACGAAAUCUUCCUAGGCGCCCAUACCGUUUACUCCAAUGACCACCUCGCCUUCCUAACCUACGACCAGGAACACCACCGAAUCGCGCUCGCCGCCCUCCCCGGAAUCGUCCCCAGAUCCGAAAAAUCCUCGGGGUUGAACCAUAUUGCCUUCACCUUCCCAUCUCUCACAUCCCUGCUCACAGCUUAUCAACAGCGCAAGAAACACGGUAUGCAGCCGACACUAUGCGUGAAUCAUGGACCUACGACGAGUAUUUAUUACAGGGACCCCGAUGGCAAUACGAUUGAGACCCAGGUGGAUGGCUUUGAGGAGCCGGCAGAUGCGACGGCGUUUAUGGAGAGUGAGGCGUUUGCGAAGAAUCCGCUUGGCGUGGAGUUUGUGCCCGAGGUGUGGAUGGAGAAGUUGGGGGAAGGGGUGGAUGAAAGGUCGCUAAUGGUUAGGGAUGAAGAUGAUGCGGCGGGUGCGUUGGAUAUAGAGCGGUUAGUGGAGAAGUUAAAGGGAGGGAAGGUGAAUGGGAAGUAGAGACUACAGUGAUUGGAGGAAGGGGGGAUUCAAGGGCUUUGGAAGGCUUUGGGUUUUACUUCUUGG